AUGGCCGACCGGGUGCUUGACAUCGCGGCGGCCACGGCCGAGAAGUUCACGGUGCAGUCCGUGCUCGACGGCAUCCUAUACUUCAGAGUGCAGGACCACACGCAGCAGCUGGCGCUCGCGCGUACCCUCGACGCGCUGCUGGCCAGCCAGCCCGAGGUGCGCCUCGUGGUGACGGACAGCGUCACGUUCCACUUCAGGCAGGACUGGCCCGAUGCGGGGCUGCGCAGCCGGCUGCUGGCCGGGCUGGCGCAGGACGCGAUCGCACUGGCAGAGGGCAGGGGCCUGGCAGUGGUGUUCAUGAACCAGGUGACCACCAAGGUGAUGGAUGAGGAGUCCGGCGGCGGCGUGUUGGUGCCUGCGUUGGGCGAGAGCUGGGGCCAGGCGAGCAGCACGCGCGUGGUGCUGUUUUGGGAGGGGGCGCAGCGCUACGCGCACCUGCUGAAGGCGUCCAUGGUACCAGAGGGCGGCGCGGCGGGGCCGGCAUCGGCGGCAGCGGCGGCGGCGGAGCGGCGGCAGGGGGGCCAGCGACAGCGGGCGCCGCAGCAGGGCAGGGGGCCACACGGCAUCAAGGCGGUCUCGUUUGAUAUCACAGCCGAGGGUGUACGCAGCGCAGCAAUGACUGGGGCCGCAGCAACGGCCCCAGCCGGACAGCUGGGAGGCGAAAGGGCGUUUGACGGCAGUGGUGACGCAGGGCGAGCGUGGCAGGGGCCCUUGCACGGGCAGCAGCAGUAG